CCGUUUCGUUCUCGCCCCAAUUACUCGCACAACUUUUACGUAACAACGAUUCUUUAUGCAAUUACCAUUAACCCUGUUUCGCUUCCCAGGAUUUGGUUGGAAUUCGGGGGUUGAUCGAGCUAUCGUCGCACGAAACAAAGAAAGUGUGCGUGAAACAUCCCCAUUUAGCGAGGCUUAAAGCACUCUCAGGACGUCUUGUUCCAUUUAUAAGCGGCACAACACAAGUGCACACGUGCGAGAAGAUGAAGUGGACGAUGAACGUAGACCCUCGGUAAUGGUCAGAAUAUCUCAGUCGUUUCACGAUCUUCGUGCCGAACAAUAUCCGCGUACAAAGUAAAAAGAAAAGAAAGAAGUGUAGAAACAAACCAAUCGUCACAUUAUUUUCCUAAAACCGGCUAAAUUGCAGUGAAAAUUUUUCGCAGAAUUACAGACUUUUAAAAUUCAAACUCGUGCAAUUCUCGAAAUAUGUAUUCUCUCCGUUCACUUUAAAAAAAAAAAAAAAAAAUCGAGAAGAUCUGACGAAUUUGAUCUCGAAUUAGAGUGAACUUCUAAAUGACUGAAUUUCUAUGAGAUGGAUGUACAAAGAUACAUUGUAAAGAACACAGUGAAACGUUGAGUGCAGAGUGUAAAAGUGAGCCCGCGAUUGGCAAGAAGAAUUCUUGCUUGCUCGAUGCAUUAAUGAACGUCAUAAUAAACGCGUGUGUUAUAUUUACAAACUGGAACAUACUGCGUGUCACAUCACUGCCUGAUUACUACAGGAUCUUCUGUCUACGUAAAACGACGAUAAAAUGGAGUUGCUGGUGCCAGCAGUUUCGGACGUCGUGUUCAAGUACACAUGGUCCGUUCCAAAUUACAAGAAGACUAUUUUAAAAAAAAGUUUUAUCGAUAGUCCAUCAUUUGAUGUCAAUGUGAAUGGUAUUCACAGCACGUGGAAUUUGUCCAUCAGAUUCUGGAAGAAUCCUGAUGGCAAAAGAAUGAUAAACCCAGUGGUAUUGUGCCUGAACAUGUUGAACUGCACCGUAGAUGAAGCGGAACAAGCGAAGAUACGAUUUCAAUUUGCAGUUUUCAAUGCCGACGUUAAACACUGGGAGUACUGUCACGUUAGCAGGACAAUACUUGAGCUGAAAUCAUACACGGACAUCAUUUCCUUGGGCUACAGGGACUUGUCCAUCGUCGACAGGCAUUUAAAGAAGAACGGCGAGGUGGUGUUAAUGGUUAAGAUACAGAUAAUCCAAUAUGAAAGCGAGAAACACAACUUGUCGCAGGAUAUGGCCAGACUAUUAAAGCAUUCAUGUGGCGCAGACACGAAAUUAACCUGCGGAGGUUUGAACAACAUGGAAAUUCCAGUUCAUAGCAGCAUAUUAGCUGCUCGAAGCAACGUUUUGGCUGAGAUGAUAUUGCCUUUAAGAGAUCUCAACGAGAAAAAGAACUCAAGAUCAGAUAUCGCAGAAGAUAAAAUAGCAGAUAUACCGGAAUUGCAAGAAAAUAUAAUCGAUAAAGAAAACAAACGUUCCAAUGAUCGUUAUAUGUUUUCUUUGGAAUUGCUGGAUCUGAGCAAAGAAAUGACCGAAGAAUUAUUGCGAUAUAUAUAUAGUGAUCACGUUGAUAAUUUGGAUAAUUUCGCUCCACAACUUUUACCUCUGGCUGAACGCUUUUGUUUACAGGGAUUGAAGGAGCUCUGCGAACGAAAUCUUAUCGAAACGAUAACUCCAGAAAAUAUAGCGAGCAGACUUUUAAUUGCGGACGAGUUUGGCUGUGAUGCGCUUAAAAGAGCAAGUUUAGCAUAUUGUGAGGAAAACAUAACGAUACUCAACAAAAGUUUGGCAUGGAAAAUGAUGGAACAAGUGAACCCAGAAUUGUUCAAUGAAGUUUGUGAAGCUGGUAUUGGCAGUUCAAGAUCAAGUAACAUGGAUGAUAGUGAAUUAAGCAAUUGAUAUCUUUUAGAUAUAAGCAACUUAAUUAAUUGUGAGUUGUAACAAAUUUUAAUAUUAGACAGUUUUAAUUUUCAAAAAGAGAAAUCAAUGUAAGAUAUGAUUCAGAUUUUAUAGAAAAUUUGAUCACUUAUAAAAUACUGUUGAAAAAUGUGUCUUUCCAACCUAAAUAACUUUAAUAAA